CGUCCUUCAGCGCCCUCAUCGUCCUCGACGUUCUCCGCCUCUUUUUCGAUACCCUCUUAUUUCAUCGUAUAUUAUCGGACUUGGAUACCAUGGCUCGUGGAAGAAAAGCAGCGAAUGGUACACCGGAAACGCCAGCGACAACCAACUCUGCACCUGACACUCCAGACUCAUCAACAUCUGCCCGGGCUGCUCUCAGUCUUGCUUCAGGAGCUGGCGCAGCAGCCGACAGAGAUGUUAUCAAAGUCAACAAUGCAAACUUGACGGAGUUGAAGAACGCAUGUGAUGAUGCUCUCAAACGCUUUCUUGCACGGCCCGAUCUCUUUCAACAAAUACACACACACACAGACGUUCGUCUAGCUUUGGGAUGGGCUGGCGUCUUCGUGGCGGCAGGGACCGCUUUCUACGGCUACAAGGUCGAGUUUGAGGAGUCCAAGCCUGUGAUGUGGGUGGGCCUCAUUGUGUACAUGGUCUUGACGACGUUGCAAGCGUUGUACGCGUACUUCAUCGAAGGCGAAAUCAUAUUUGUCGGAAAGCGGAAGACGUUCGAUAAGCGGAUCCUCACUGAACGGAUAACAAUCUCCUCCCGCACAACCCCCGCAUCCUCACCACCACCAUCCUCGUCUCAACUUCCUUUCCCUCUUUCUCUCUUCACCUCCCCUUCAACAAACCCCGCUCCAACAUCAUCAAAAUCCGCUCCAGCACACACCCCACCAAAACCCACCAUCACAAAUAGCCCAUCCUAUACCCUCAACCUUUCUUACAUCCGAACUUCCUCCGCCGGCAAAUCCCUUCUCUCGAAGCAAAACACGUUGGAUUCCAGGGAAUAUGCCAGGUUUUUCGACGAGGAGGGGGUAUUGGAUCAGGAAGGAUUUGAGGCGUGGGUAGGCGGGCUGGUGGGGGCUUUGAUGUGAGGUUGUUUACUCUAUGUGGGAUGGACUCGGGCGGUAACGAGGUGGAUGGGAGUUGGCGUGGGUUGGUGUUUUUGUGUCAGUAAGAGACGUCGGAUGGUCGGUGGUUUUGUCCUAACUGGACUGCGUCCGGAAUCGGUUUGUUUCAUAUUGUCAUCUAGUGUCGCUGGGCCCGGUCGAAUCAAAUAUGUUGGAUAGCAUAUUGAAGCUCUCGCUACUGUGUAGCGCUCGUCAACAGCGGUCAAUUUUAGUCGGGCGGCCUUGAAUGCGAUAUUUCGAAUCCGUGGGUUCAAGGCGGGAACAUCCCGUCGAUUGGAUGGGUGACAAGCCGUACGUACAUAUGUGGGCCACAGCGCCUGUAUCUCUGGAUGUUAAUCCUUGCUAAUCACAGACGGACACUGUCGGCCUUUGUUUCUCACCGAUCUGAAUCGGCGUGCGCGUCUUGAUGCCGGUGCCCACUGACUCUGCAGCCUCUUCAUUGGCGUAUAGCGACAGUCCUUGGCUCUGGCGGCUAUUCCGAUCGACGACAU